ACACUUGAAUCAGAAUGAAGUCAGUAGAAUUAUUUUUGGUCCUAAUUGGGCUUGUAGCUGUUGCUCAAGCUACUCUUGAUUUUUGUGAUAAGGCUCUUUGUGGAGGAGUACCGCACAUUGGUUGCAAUAAUACAAUGUUGUUCGCAUCAACCUGUUCGGCUGAUAAAAAACUAGCCUUCAUGGAUUCCGAACAUAAAAAAAUUAUCCUUGCAGCCCACAAUAAUAAUAGAAAUCUAAUAGCCAGUGGCAACAAUACGAAAUUUCAACCUGCCUCAAGAAUGGCUACAAUGGUAUGGGAUGAGGAGCUAGCUACUCUUGCAACUUUUCUUGUAAGAACUUGCAAAUACACCAACGACUGUCACAAUACCGAUAAUUUCCGUAAUUCGGGACAAAAUAUAGCCAUGUCAUUGUCCAAUAUGCCACACACAUGGGCAGCAAAGAAUAUUUCAGAACAAAUGGUCAAUACUUGGUUUGCACAAAGCAAUGACGCAACCAUGGCUGAUUUGAACAGUUAUAAUCCUUCAAAAAAUAUUGGAGGAUUUGCAACAAUAGUUAUCGAUAAUAAUUACAGAGUUGGUUGCGCUGGUGCCUUUUUCCAAAAUCCAGACUACAAAGACUAUCCUUUUGCUUAUUUCUUUGCAUGCAACUAUGCCACGACACCAGUCCCCAACAAACCAAUUUAUAGCUCUGGACCAAGUGGAAGUAAGUGUACGACUGGAAAAAAUUCAGCUUAUAGCGCAUUAUGUUCGACAAAAGAACAAUAUUAGAGAAUAUGAUUAAGAUUCUCCAUGAUAAAAAAAAAAACGUGUAAGCUAUUAUGUUUGUGACCAAUUGACCGACCUUUAGAAAUAAAUCAGUUAUAAGAAAAUUGUAUAAAUU